GGCGUCAGCAGAUGGCGCUCGGCGGAAGUGACGUCGCGUAACCGGACGGGGGGGGGGUCGAGGCGGGAGAGCGGAAGCCUGUGCGCUGCAGGAAAUAGUGACCGGAGCGCGGGCUGGGAGUAACACUACCGUGUGUGUGAUAGCGGCAGGACGUGUGGGCGGGUGAGUGCGCUAAUUAUCUAUACACCGACCGUGUGAGAGAGAGAGACAGACACUCACUAACUACAUAAUAAUAAUAAUAAUAAUAAUAAUGUAUAACAGAAACCGCCCGGGAAAUUAUUAAUUCAAUACACUGAUAAUAAUAACAUGGGAGGGAAGGAGGGAAAAGGGACCAGGUACAUGAUUGAUUUAUAUAUAUAUAUAUCAUAAUAAAAGUAAUAUCAAUACAAAUUAAUAUAUAUAAAACAAAGUAAAAAUAAUAUAUUGAUACAAAUUAAUAUAUAUAAAACAUAAUAAAAAUAAUACAGCAAUACAAAUUAAUAUAUAUCAUAAUAAAAAUAAUAUAUCAAUACAAAUAUAUAUAAAACAUAAAAAUAAUACAGCAAUACAAAUUAUAUAUCAUAAUAAAAAACAGCAAUACAAAUUAAUAUAUAUCAUAAUAAAAAUAAUAUAUCAAUACAAAUUAAUAUAUAAAACAUAAAAAUAAUACAGCAAUACAAAUUAAUAUAUAUCAUAAUAAAAAUAAUACAGCAAUACAAAUUAAUAUAUAUCAUAAUAAAAAUAAUAUUAAUAAAAAAAUAUAUAUAUAUAUCAUAAUAAAAAUAAUAUUAAUAAAAAAAUAUAUAUAUAUAUCAUAAUAAAAAUAAUAUUAAUAAAAAAAUAUAUAUAUAUAUCAUAAUAAAAAUAAUAUAUCAAUACAAAUAUAUAUAAAACAUAAAAAUAAUACAGCAAUACAAAUUAAUAUAUAUAAAACAUAAAAAUAAUACAGCAAUACAAAUUAAUAUAUAUCAUAAUAAAAAUAAUACAGCAAUACAAAUUAAUAUAUAUCAUAAUAAAAAUAAUAUUAAUAAAUAUAUAUAUAUAUAUCAUAAUAAAAAUAAUAUAUCAAUACAAAUUAACCCAUUAAGGACUGAGCCAAAUGUACACGUUGUGAACAAAACAAAAUGUAAACAAAACCUGGCAUUUGCGCUACAUGCAGUGGCGUACAUACCAGGUUCGCCCCUGCGUCCCGGUAUGUACCCACAGGGCCAGCCUCUUCCCCUGGGGGGCCCAGGAGCCGACCACCCCAGGGCCCCCCGAGGCUGGCCCUGCUGACCCCUGCUGACUGGCCGGUCGGGCAGGCAGGCGAGGGCGCGCGAGGGAGCACUCAGUGCUUCCUCUUCAGCUCCCUCGCGCACCGCACUGAUGCCGGAGCCGGAAGAUGACGUCAUCUUCCGGCGCCGGCAUCCCUACGCGGCGCGCGAGGGAGCUGAAGAGGGAGCACACAAGGGAAAGUGCUCCCUCGCGUGCCGGCCAGGCAGCCCGCCCACCCAGUGACCAGGAGCCCAGCAGCAGCACCACUGGACCCCAGGGAAUCCCCCCAGCACUCCAAAAGGUAAGGAGGCUGGGGGGAUUAAAUUUGAAGAAAAAAAAUGUGUGUGUGUUAGAGUGUGUGUGUCAGAGUGUUAGUGCGUGUGUCUGUUACUGUGCGUGUGUCUGUUACUGUGCGUGUCUGUUACUGUGCGUGUCUGUUACUGUGCGUGUCUGUUACUGUGCGUGUCUGUUACUGUGCGUGUCUGUUACUGUGCGUGUCUGUUACUGUGCGUGUCUGUUACUGUGCGUGUCUGUUACUGUGCGUGUCUGAUGUCUGUUAGUGAGUGUGUGUUUUGUAAGUGAGUAUGUAUGUCUGUCGCUGAGUGUGUCUCUGUCAGUAAAUGUGUGUGUCUGUUAGCUAGUGUGUAUGCGUCUGUUCGUGAGAGUGUGUGUGUGUGUCUUCAGCAUUUACCUUUCUCCAGCGUCGGACUCCCCAGUGUCCGCCACUCAGCUCCGAAAUGUACAUGCGCGGCAAGAGGCGCGCUCGCGCAUUUAAACCGCCCAUAGGAAAGCAUUACUCAAUGCUUUCCUAUGGACGUUCACUGUCUUCUCACUGUGAUUUUCACAGUGAGAGUCGCGGAAGCUCCUCUAGCAGCUGUCAAUGAGACAGACACCAGAGGCUGGAUUAACCCUCAGUGAAACAUGUUUUCAGCUGCAGGGUUAAAACUAGAGGGACCUGGCACCCAGACUACUUCAUUGAGCUGAUGUGAUCUGGGUGUCUGUAGCGGUCCUUUAAGUGUGUGUGCAUACCGCUGUCGCAUGGUCGCAGCCCUGCGACCAGGUGCCCGCCAUCAUGUGUUGCGACCCCGACCCGCGCCGAGUAAGCGCGCGCGCGGGGGGGGGCCCACGGAUCAAUUUUUGCACCGGGGCCCCAUGGGUCAUGUGUACGCCACUGGCUACAUGUCCAACCGUAAUUCACCUCUUUCAUAUUAAUUGCACCCACCCUUAUUAUAUAUCAUUUUAUUCAGGGGAAACAGGGCUUUCAUUU